AUGGCGUCCAUUGUCAGACAAUUCUGCAAAGAACUUCAGCCGGAUGACGAUGCUCCCUUCUACAUCGUCAAUCUGUCUCACUAUGCUCGUCAGUACCUUCAAUGGAUGCACUUUCUGGGUCGUAUUCGUCCCUUCUACGCUGUCAAGUGCAACCCCAGCGGCUUCAUCGUUCGAGUCAUUGCCGAAUUUGGUGGCGGCUUCGAUUGUGCUUCGGCCGAAGAACUUGAUCUCGUGCGCAAAACAUGUGGUGCUGAUUUUGAUUGUGCAACGCGUGUUAUCUUUGCCCAUCCAUGCAAGCCAGUAUCACAUAUUCGACAUUUUCGCGAGGCGGGCGUGCAAAUGACAGUAGUGGAUAAUGAGGAUGAGCUCAAGAAGUUGAAGCAACACUGGCCCGAAGCAAAAGUUCUUCUUCGCCUCAAGCCCGACGACAAGAAUUCACUUAGUCCUUUCUCGACCAAAUUCGGGGCGAAUGAACUCGAAUGUAUUACUUUACUUCGAUUGGCUCGUGAACUAGGUGUUCAACUCGUCGGCUGCUCAUUUCAUGUUGGUAGUCGAUGUCUCGACGCUCAAAUCUACACACAGUCGCUCCGAUUGGCUCGUCGCAUUUUCGAUAUUGCUCGACGAGAUGAAUUUGGAUUCGAAUUCAAGAUAUUGGAUAUCGGUGGUGGCUUUUCGGGUCACAAUUGGGACAAGCCAAGCUUUCCCAAAGUAGCAGAGGUGAUCAACAAAAGACUGGACAAGCUAUUUCCCGAGUCGGAAGGUAUCACCCUGAUGUCAGAGCCCGGUCGUUAUUUUUCGUCUGGAAUAAACGAAUUGUCUUGUCCUGAUGGUAGUUUAAAUAAUGAUUAUGGAUUUUGUUAUGCUGACGAUGAUGGAUUAGAACCUCAAACCAUUAAUAAUCAGAAAGAUUAUAGCUUCGAGUUAAUGAAUGAAUAUGACGAAGAAACAGAACUUGACCAUCCACUUUUUACGGAAACGACUUUAAAACAUGAUGAAGAACCAUUUUAUAUGAAAAAAUUUCAGAAAUAUUAUACACGUUUUCUUUUGGAAUUACGUGAACAACAUUUACUUUCGCAAAACAUCAUCUCCUCAAUUACGUCCAAUAUUUCAGUUUUAUUCAAUAUUGUGCUGAAUAUUAUAAAAAGAACAGGAAAUGAUGCAAAUACAACAGCGACAGCCGUCAUACCAAUAGUAAAAGUAGAAGAAACUAUUAAUCAAACAAUCUGGAUGAUAGAAAAUACAGCCAGCAAUGAAUAUAAAUUCCUUAAAAGUUGUAAAGAAUUUUUUAAAUAUGAAGAACCAUAUGAGUUAGAGUUUGAUAAAUCGGGAAAGUGCGGUUAUAUUAUUCCGAUAAAGGAAUCAAUUCAAAACUUUUUGAAUAAACCACAGGUUAUCGAUUUAUUGAUUAAAAAUACAAAUGAAACAAUAUUAGCAUCAAAAAAUGAUAAAGACUUACUAUUAACAUAUCGUGAUGGGACGGCUGCAGCUGCUAAUCAAUCACUUCAAAAAGAUAGAACUUCAUUCUUAUUGCAGCUGUAUAGUGAUGAAGUUAGCGUUACAAAUCCUAUAGGACCAAAAAAAGAUGAACAAAAAUUAUCAUUAUUUUAUUAUAUCCUCGAUGAUUUACCUCAAAUUAUUCGUUCAUUGUUAAAUUCCAUUGGGUUAAUUGGUAUUUGUUUAUCGAAAUUUUUAACUAAUCCAUCACAUCGUCACAAAUUUUUUGAAACGAUGGUUAAUGAUUUAAACGAAUUACAAACGAAAGGUUUAACAUUAUCCUGCUUUACAGGACGUUUAUAUUUUGCAUUCGAUUUAAUGGCUGCAGAUAACCUCGCGGCAAAUGAUUUUGGAGGUUUUCAGAAAAAUUUUAACAAUGGUUAUUUCUGUUGUAUGUGUUACAUUUCGUACACGUACAAGUCCGUUCCUUUAACAGAUAUUUCUUUUUUAUUUCGAUCUAAAACAUCACAUGAAUAUUAUUUAAAUCAAAUGUUGCAAUCAAAAAAUUCGAUUUUUGGUAUUACUCGUCGAUGUGAUUUUUCAAAUUUAAUUGCAUUUCAUCCGGUAAAAUCGUUACCUUUUGACAUCAUGCACGACUUUUCUGAAGGUGUGUGUAUGAUAAUAGUCAACUCCAUUUUAAAAGAAUUAUCAGCACGUCGGAUUCUAACUUAUACGCAAAUUGAGAGUAGAUUAGAAGGAUUUAAAUAUGGUCAAAAUGAUCAGUCCAAUAAACCACCUACAGUUCGACCAAAACAUCUCACCAAUAAUCACAUUUCUGGUUCAGCUUCACAAAAACUUUUAUUGUUUCAAAUGAUACCGAUAAUCUUCAAUGAUGUUAUUGAUCGUUUAACAGAUUUAUUACCUAUAUAUAUUUGUCUUCUUGAUGAUGGUGAUAAUGAAGGACAACUACUAUUUAUUGAUGAAAAUAUAAAAACUUGUGAUUCUAUUCCAUUUGUUGACGAAGUCGUUAUAGAAAAUGCUGAAGCUUCAUUAUCUAAGUCGAGUAGUACUCAUUCUGAGGACGAAGAACAUGAUGAUCGAUUAAUAGAGAACGAAAUACAACUCCAAGAAGAUUAUGAAUUGCCACAAUUCCCAACUGAUUUAAAAUUAGUCGUUGACCAGAAGAAUUUCACAAAAUUAGCAGCUCAUACUUAUUUUAGACGAGUGUUGUUGAAUUUAGUCUAUGAUGAUAUUGCACAUAAGCAUAGUUUGUUGUAUCCAAAAGCACAAGAUUAUCUGAUUAUAACUAAAGCUGUAUUACGUUCAUUAAAUAUUCCAAUAGAUGAUAAAAAUGCUUUGAAUGAAUAUCGAGAAUCUAUCAAACAGAAAUUCAAAAAUGAACGAAAGCCAUUACAAAAGAUCAAUGCACAAGUUCAACGAAAUAAAAAUAAGUUUGGUAAAGGUCCUGGAAGACCAGUAAAAAAAACUGAUUUAGUUUCAGCUGAAAGAAAGACUGAAAAAAUAAUAUUUAUUGGUCGAUCAGAUGAUGAACAAGAUAUGUUCAAGCUUAAUCAGAUGAUGAAAGAUGAAUUUAAUAAACAAUCACCUGAUAUGGAAGUGGUAACAUAUUAUUGGAGAAAGACAUUUACUUACCGACGGUUAUUUACACGUAAUAAUUCUACUAAAGAUGUUUUAUUGGAAUAUCCUAGUUAUUCAUUACCAUCAUUAGAUCCAACAGAACCAACUCCUUGUAUUAAAAUGUGCGACAAUAAAUAUGAAUUAUAUCUCGAUUAUCAACUGAUUGGACAAACAACGUCUGCUCAACAAGCAGUAUCGUUUUUACUUUGCUUAUAUAAUAUUUUCGAAAUUAAAUUCACUCGUCAUUCUCGUGGCAUUCAUUUGUUAUAUGGAGUUGUUUUUCAAGAUCAAAAUGAACUUAAAAAUAAAUCAAUUGCUCAUCAACAUCAAAUGACAACGACGACAAUGAACAAUAUCAGUGUGAUUCAAAAUACAACUUCAGUUAAAAGAAAUGAAAAUGAUUCAAUGGUAAUUGAAGAAUCUGAGUUUAUUCAAGAUCAACACACAAAUAAUGUUACACGAGAAACAACAUUCACUUCUUCAUUUAACAAUACACAAAGAUUGAAUUUAUUAUUUUCAAAUUCUUCUUCAAUGUUUGUUACGUACUUUGCAUUGCCUUUUACUUUAGCUGCUAAAAAAAAUAUAAACGUAGUAUCAACCACGUCAGAACAUGAGUUUAUAUCAACUGGCAAACAAUGCACGAAUCUUAAUGUUGAUGAAAAUAUUUUUCAAACAAUUCAUACAAAUUGUUUUGAUACUGAACCAACACCCGGAUCACCUCAGCAAUCGAAAAAAAAAAGAAAACCACCAGCAAUUCAUGAAGAAACGACGCGAAUACCACCACGCCGUCAACGCAAGAGAUCCAAAUUAACAUAG